AUGCCCAAUGAAACAAUCGUGGUAAUCGGAGCAGGCGUAAUCGGCCUUACAUCUGCCCUACGCAUCCAACAAUCCCUGUCACCCUCACAAUCAAUCCUCCUCGUUGCCCGUGAUUUCCCAUCAGACACUUCAGUCAAUUACGCCUCUCCAUGGGCUGGAGCGCACUAUCGUCCAGUCCCAGGCUCAACACCACAGGCAUUGCGCGAAGCAAACCAAGCGAAGCGCACUUAUGAGUACAUGAAGCGCGUUGCGGUCGAUGAGCCUGGGUCUGGUGUUUCUUUCGUCCGCGGCGUUGAGCAUCUCGAGGCGCCGCCGGCAGAAUAUUUAGAUGCGCAGAGUGUGAGGAAUGUCUAUUCGCAUCUUGAUGGGUUCCGGGCAUUGCGGAUGGGGGAGGUUCCUGCUGGUGUUGUUUGGGGCGUCGAGUAUGGGACUUAUGUGGUUAAUUCGCCUGUUUAUUGUGCGCAUUUGCUGCGGAGGUUUGUUCUUGGGGGUGGGGAGGUGAGGAGGUUUGACCUUGAGAAUUUGAUGGAGGCGUUUAGUUUGGCGAAGGGUGUUAGGACUGUGGUCAAUUGUUCUGGGGUUGGGAUUGGGGACCCUAAGGCAUUUAUUAUUCGAGGACAAACUUGUCUUGUUCGGAACCCUGUGUCUGAGACUAUUACUCGUCAGAAUACGGAUGGGUCUUGGUCCUUCUGUAUCCCGCGUCCUCUUGAUGGUGGGACGAUUAUCGGGGGCACGAAGGAACCUCAUAACUGGGACCCGAAUCCUUCGCUGGAGACCAGGGAGCUUCUGCUUGCUAAUGCGACUAAAUGGUUCCCAUUCAAUCCAGAGAGUGGGGGCAAGUUUGAUGUCAUUCGUGACGUUGUUGGCCGGAGACCUGCUCGAGAGGGGGGGAUGCGCAUUGAAGUUGAAGAGAUCGCAGAUGACCGAUAUAUGGUCCAUGGAUAUGGUGCCGGUGGUCGUGGGUUUGAGCUCUCCCGUGGAGUCGCAGAAGAUAUCGCAGGAUUGAUGCUCGGGAAGGGGCUGCUUCAGCCAAAGGCUUCUCUGUAG